CGUGUUCAUCAAUGCAGUCUUUGCUGAUGCCAUGUCGUAGAUAUUGCACAAGUGUUGCAAUUGCCUAUAAUUCUCAAAUUGCUCGCUAUGCUAGAAUCGGGCAAAUCGAGAGUGCUAGAAGGGUGUUUGAUGAAAUGCCUGAUAAGGGUAGUUUUUGGAACUCGAUGGUUGCUGGGUAUUUCCAAAAUAAUCGGCCUCGUGAAGCUCGGUAUCUGUUUGAUAAAAUGCCUGAGAGGAACACUGUUUCUUGGAAUGGGUUGAUAUCUGGGUAUGUAAAAAAUAGAAUGGUUAGUGAAGCUCGUAAAGCUUUUGAUACAAUGCCUGAAAGGAAUGUCGUUUCGUGGACUGCCAUGGUUAGGGGAUAUGUGCAAGAGGGUUUGGUUUCAGAGGCCGAAACUCUUUUUUGGCAAAUGCCUGAAAAGAAUGUUGUGUCAUGGACAGUGAUGUUGGGUGGUUUAAUUCAAGUGCGGCGGAUUGAUGAGGCCCGGCUUUUUGAUAUUAUGCCAGUUAAAGAUGUGGUUGCUAGGACUAAUAUGAUAUCUGGGUAUUGUCAGGAAGGUCGAUUGGCGGAAGCUAGAGAGCUCUUUGAUGAAAUGCCUCGUCGGAAUGUGAUUUCUUGGACUACUAUGAUAUCUGGGUAUGUCCAGAAUGGGCAGGUGGAUGUUGCGAGGAAACUUUUUGAGGUGAUGCCAGAGAAGAACGAGGUGUCAUGGACAGCAAUGUUGAUGGGUUACACCCAGGGUGGGAGGAUUGAAGAGGCUUCUGAGCUUUUUGAUGCAAUGCCUGUGAAGGCUGUUGUUGCUUGUAACGCCAUGAUCCUCGGGUUUGGCCAGAAUGGGGAGGUAGCUAAAGCAAGGCAAGUGUUUGAUCAAAUUAGGGAAAAGGAUGAUGGAACAUGGAGUGCAAUGAUUAAGGUUUAUGAGCGGAAGGGGUUUGAAGUAGAAGCACUUAAUUUGUUUGCGUUAAUGCGAGAAGGAGUUCAAUCAAAUUUCCCUUCUUUGAUCAGUGUUCUUUCUGUUUGUGCUAGCCUAGCAAGUCUUGAUCAUGGUAGACAGGUGCAUGCGGAGUUGGUGAAAUCUCAAUUUGAUUCCGAUGUAUUUGUUGCCUCAGUUCUGAUCACAAUGUAUGUUAAGUGUGGUGAUCUUGUGAAGGCAAGACAGAUUUUUGACCGGUCUCCCAAGGAUAUUGUCAUGUGGAAUUCUAUUAUCACAGGUUAUGCUCAGCAUGGCUUGGUAGAAGAAGCCUUGCAAGUUUUCCAUGAAAUGUGUUCUUCCGGCAUGGCAACUGAUGGUGUUACCUUUGUUGGAGUUCUGUCAGCAUGUAGCUACACCGGAAUAAAAGAAGGCCUUGAAAUUUUUGAGUCAAUGAAAUCUAAGUACCUGGUGGAGCCAAAAACUGAACAUUAUGCUUGCAUGGUUGAUCUGCUUGGAGCAGGCCUUGUAAAUGAUGCAAUGGAUUUAAUACAAAAGAUGCCAGUAGAAGCAGAUGCCAUUAUUUGGGGUGCCUUACUAGGUGCAUGUAGAACCCACAUGAACAUGAAUUUGGCUGAAGUGGCAGCAAAGAAACUUCUACAGCUUGAGCCCAAAAAUGCUGGGCCUUAUAUACUGUUAUCAAAUAUUUAUGCAUCAAAAGGUAGAUGGGGCGAUGUUGCAGAGCUGAGGAGAAAUAUGAGGGUGAAGAAGGUGAGCAAAUCACCUGGAUGUAGUUGGAUUGAGGUGGAGAAAAGAGUGCAUAUGUUUACUGGGGGUGUGAGUACGAAGCAUCCUGAGCUUUCAAGUAUCAUGAAAAUGCUGGAGAAAUUAGAUGUGUUGAGAGAAGCUGGAUAUUAUCCUGAUAGCAGUUUUGUGCUGCAUGAUGUGGAUGAGGAAGAGAAAGUGCGUAGCUUGGGGUAUCACAGUGAGAGGCUGGCCGUGGCAUUUGGACUUUUGAAGGUACCUGAAGGGAUGCCCAUUCGGGUAAUGAAGAAUCUUCGGGUUUGUGGAGAUUGCCAUUCUGCAAUUAAAUUAAUAGCAAAAAUAACAGGCCGAGAGAUCAUUGUGAGGGAUGCUAACAGAUUCCAUCACUUUAAGGAUGGCUUCUGUUCUUGCAGGGACUAUUGGUGAUUGCAUGGCUCCUAAUGUUGUCCAUUAGAUCCUACAAGGUUGCUGUCUUGACGUAAAGAUCAUGCGCAGCCUCCUAACAUGGCCAUCAUCGGAUCUUCAGUGCCAAAUACAUGGCCAGAUGACAAUAUGUUCAGUUUCUAGAAAGACCUUCCAUGACAAGAAAAAUAUUGUAAAAUUGA